AUGAAACCAAAAACAAGCUUCAUUUGGGAAUAUUUCUCGGAAAUUAACAGUUCGGUGGCUCGUUGUAACAUUUGCGAAAAGGAAUAUUCACGAAAAGGGCGUACCACAUCUUCAUUAAAAAAUCAUUUGAAGUCGAAGCACGCGAAAAUAUUUGAAGAGUUAGAAAAACGUAUAGCUGAAAAUGCAGAACAGGGCCAGCCAACCUGUAGUACAUCUACAGAUACAGGUUCAACUACAACACAACUUUCUUUGCAAGAAUAUUUAACGCAGAAUGUAUGUUGGGAUUUACCACAUCCAAACUCCAAAGAUACGGAUCGACUAAUAGGUGAAAUGAUUGCUUUGGAAGACUUGCCAUUCAACUUCGUUGAAGGAGUUGGUUUUCGGCGAUUGAUCAAUACAAUACUUCCAGGAUAUAAAUUAAGGGGCCGUCCGUUUUUUACAUCGCUUGUAUGUGACGAUUUAUAUAACAGCGUGGCAAAUAAAAUUAAAGCAUUAUUAAACGAUCUUAAGAAAGUAUCCUUUACAACUGAUGUUUGGUCAGAUACAAGUUCUGGGACUUCAUUGGUUAGUGUGACUGCUCAUGGUGUAAACGAAGGUUUUGAAAGAGUAAGAAUUAUUUUGAAAUGUGAAAUAAUGGAAGGACGUCACCCGGAUCAAGCUAUUUCGACAAAAACUGAAUCCAUCCUUGAAGAAUGGGGUAUAAAACACGAUACUGUUCACUGUGUGGUACGCGGUCGUGGUAGGAACAUGAUUAAAGCAAUGCAGAUAUCUGGUUUAAAUGAUUUUAAUUGUGUGAUUCAUCAAAUACAGUGUUGUAUUAAAAAUGUGAUUUUAUCGGAAGAAUGGAUUCAAGAAGUAAUUGAAAAGGUGAAAAAAGUUUCAACACAUUUUAAUCAUUCCCUAGUAGCACAAGAUGAACUACAAACUAUACAGGAAAUAAGAAUGAAGCAAUCUCCAUUGUCAACAAUACAAGAUUGUCCCACUAGGUGGAACAGCACAUUUUACAUGUUGGAGCGUUUUGUUAAAAUAAAGGAUUCUUUACUUUUAUACUUAACUACAAAGCAAUUUGUAUCAUUUUCUCCUGAUGAUUUGUCAACAAUUGAAUUGUUGUUAAAAUUGUUGACACCGUUCGAAGAACUUACUAAAGAAUUGAGUAACUCAAAGAACAGCAUUUCUAUGGUUAUACCACUUAUGCACGUUAUCCUGGCAACAUUAAAAGCUGAGAAAGAUAACCCGAAUACGCCAGAAAAAAUCAAAGCACUUUUCGUUAAAGUUAUACGAGAAAUAAGUGAAAGAUUUGGUGGUUUAAACCAAAAUUUGCUAUGUUCGGUUUCUACGUACUUAGAUCCGCGAUAUAAAACAAAGUUUUUUAACAGUUUUGAAAUAAAAGAAGUGGAAGCCACAAUAAUUAAUUUGUGUCAAAAUCAAACGAUUCAUGAAAAUAAAGGUUGUAGUCCGACACAUAAGAAAAGAAAAAUUGAUACUAAUUCUAGUAGUUGUUCAAAGCUACUACAGUCAGUACAAUCCAUUCUAAGUUCAAGCGAAAGUGAGGCAGAAGAUGACCAGUUAACAACACCGAAAAUUGUGCUCCAAAAUUACAUUAAAGAAAGACGGCUGUCUUUAGGAGAAGACCCGUUGAUGUGGUGGCGACAGAAUGGGUACAAAUAUACUGUUUUAUUGCCAAUUGUUCGCCAAUAUUUAUCAACGCCAUCAAGCAGCUUUACCAAUGAACAGCUAUUUAGUGGAUCAUCUUUAAUAUAUAGGGAUAAAAGAAAAAAUCUUCGAGGAGAAAAAGCGUCAAAAUUGCUUUUUUUAAAAUAUAACUUGCCUGUAAUAAAUUACGAAUAUUAA